AUGAACAUGGAAAGUGAUGCGGAAAAGUGCAAAGCGAGGAUCUUCCGACCUUGGGACUACUCCACCCACACAUCUAGCAGUAGUGAAGACGAAACUCAUCAUUCUGAAGAACAUAAACAGGAGAAAGGAUACUGUGAAAAAAAAAGUAGGACUGAGAGUAUCUCAGACCAGGAAAAUGAAGAAAAGCCUUUGCUCUACGGAAGUUUUAAACAUUGGGCGGAGUUGUUAGACUCUUCUUGUGAUGUUAAUGUACCUAACGCUCAGCAGUUUAACCCUGCAUGUUACUCACCUUACAUGCAGGGUGACUUUUUAAAUUAUGGAUCUUAUUGGCAAGACUACGCGAGAGUAGUUGAACAGGAGAAUCAGGAGAGGAUGUUGAACGCCAAGAAGAAGAGGCCGAAGAAAUACAAGUGUCCACACUGUGACGUGGGAUUUUCUAAUAAUGGACAACUGAAAGGGCAUAUCAGAAUUCAUACAGGAGAAAGGCCGUUCAAAUGCGAUGAGCCAGACUGCGGGAAAACCUUCACAAGGAAUGAGGAACUCACACGACACAAACGUAUCCACAGUGGUCUUAGGCCUUUUCCAUGUACACAAUGCGGAAAAUGUUUUGGGAGAAAAGAUCACUUAAAAAAACAUUAUCGCACUCACUUUCAGCCCAAGGGUUAUUACGCUGUGCCUGUAAUGUUGCCGUAUGAAGCCUGGUCCGGUAGUUAUCCAUUGAUGCCACCUUUGCUAGGGGGGCUAGUAUAAAUUGGGGGGCUAGUAUGAAUUUUUAUUACCUCCAUCUGGAUUAUAAAAUAAUUUGUAUAUAGAUAAAUUUUAAAGAAGACUCAUGUCCAAAUUGGAUUAUUUGCUAAUGUAUAAUGUAUAUUUUUAUAAUAUUGACCAGUGUUCAAAUUGUACAUAGAAUUUCAG